AUGUCGAAACGCGUUGGGAAACACGUUCUGAGAGCGAUAUUGCGGAAGAUUAGUGUGCCUCUGCGGCGUUGUCUGAGGAGGAAGAAAGCGUCCACCAGUCCAGAGCGGACAGUCGAUUUGGCCCAGGCCGGCGAGGUCUUUACCCAGGAUAACACGGUCGCUACUCAGGAUGACAACGUCUCUACAGAGACCCAAGCCCCUCAGCCGCCUGAACACUUGCUCGAAGUUCACAGAGUCGCAUUAGGCAAUGUGAAGAAACACGAAGUAACAGUCCUGGAGGCCGAUUACUUUCCAGAGCAACAUGGGGUUAUAUUUGGCGAUCCAGAAGCGAAUGCGAUAGACGUCCAAAUCCCUGAUGGUGUCACCGUGGGUACUGGAUCAUCGAUAACCGAAGCAGAGAACGAGCGGACACCGGUCGAGAUUGCGGAGGGUGAUCAAUCUGUCCAAACAACCGCCGGCAGCAACAUGCCGGUCGAAGGAGCGCAAGACUCCCCACAGCAACAGGUUGCGGUAGAUGAUAACUUGAACGGCCCUGGCGCAUCAAUCCGAGAGGAUUCACCAUUGGGGCAGCAACAUGCUCCUGUUAAGCAGAGACAAAAACAUGUCAGAUUUGACUCAAGGCGCAACCAAAUUUUUGUGUUUGAGAGUCAGAAGUCCAUUGUUGAAGAGCUUAACCGACAGCUCCCAGUGCAGGCGCCUUCACUCUCCCAGCAUGUGCCCACAGGGCGAAGGGUCGAGGGCUGCAAUCCAAGUUUCAGCAGAGUUGACGCACAACAACGUAUGCUCUUUCUGAUGUAUGGGGUUCAAACAAGACAAGAUGAUACCUAUCGGCCGUAUUUCGAUCGUCAAUUUGAUAUGAUAUUUGGGGGCCAAAGAGAUCAAGAAGACAUGAAUCGGCCGUACACAGACACAGGGAGACAAUGGCCAUCAUUUGAUGAACGAACGCGAAGAUGCAGACUGUGGGAUGACUCAGCACCAGUCCACAUCGAGUUCAACCAAGUUCUGACCCCCAAAGCUCCAAAGAAGCCGACAAAGGGGCUUUCCACCGCAAGACAACUCGGCCUCUCGGGUAUCUUCGACCAAGCAAUAGAAUGCGAAUCGCUUGUGGAACAAGCUUCCAUGCACCUAGCAUGUGUCUGCCAGAUCCAGCGAUGGCCGAAUGCUCAUAGAGCUUACAGAUAUGGUCUUGACGACGCAGCUUGCCGGCUUCCUUUCAUCGUGAUGGAAUACUAUUUUAGUGGCUUCACGUACACCGGCAGUCUCGAACUAGUUCUUGGGAUUUGUCCCGUCAGUCAUAACCGAGCUGCUAUGAGAUAUGAGUCCUCGAUUCGCUUACAUACUGCAGGUCAUUUCGUCGUCCGAAAAGCGGAAGUUGGGGCAGGAUCCUCAGUCACGCGAGGAUGCCGAGCAAUCCAAAUACCUUAUUCCAAUUGCGCCAGACGGGCCGAACCCAAAGGCAAGCCCAAACAAGAUGUGGUUGGAGAGGCGGCGGCAGUUCAACCAGGCCUGCUGGAUCGACACAACCAGAGUGUAUUAUGUACCGGCCGAUCUUCUCCACGAGAGCAAGUCGUCAGGCGUACGGCUCUCGAAGGAAUCAUGGGAAAGGGUGAGAGAGGAGCUGUCCAUAGGCACGUUGGCAGACGAGGAAGCCCGGUUUGA